UUUAAAUAUUUUAUGUCGCUUCCACAUUAAUUUCUGAAAAAUAUUAGUGUCUUAUGGUGGUGAACUUGGAAAAAGUAUGUCACAUUUUAUACGCCUCACUGGUCCGUUCCGGGGAACUAGUCGAUCAACGUCCUUUCAAUAAAAUCCCGACCGCCAUUGCAUUCCUAAAGACCCAAAUGUCGGUAACUAUUUGUUCCGUCCCACUGAACGCCCGUCCCACCCGAACGGCGUCUCACAUGGUGGAACCGGUCUGUUAUACGCCCCAAGCGCUUUGUCUGCCAGCUUCUUCUUGGCCUAGCGGCCGGUCACUGCGGAAGCUGGUUACGCGUCCAGAUACAGCACAUCUACAAGUGUCCCGGCGUCGGUGAUAAACGUGUGUCACUUUGGAUUUGCUUUGAGAUUGCACUUGUUAAUCUCUGGUAGAAAUAACCUUAUGGAACCUCGGAAUCUCCAGCGAACGCAUCGCGUUCAAAUGAUUUCGGAGUGCCGUCUGCUGUAAUUGACGUCGUCUACUAUACUGGACAGCUGCGUUGAUGUCGUCUGCUACGUGAUUUGCGCAAACUUUGCAUCGAAGGAGGAUACGCAAACCGCAAGUGCAACAGUUCUUUUAUAACCGCUUUUAUAAACAGCAAGUGGGACACAAUUUUUGUUACCUCAUCGAGUGCAUUUCUUUGAGUGUGUCUGCAAAAUGUGGAUCUUUCUGCUCGUUAUGAAAAUAAUACGGUUGUGAGAAGGUCAUCUGCAAAAGUAUUACGUUCAUGUGGUGCUACUAAAUGUCGUCGUCGGCUAUGGUGGUUAGUGCUUGAGGAAGUGUGCCAGACAAAAGAUGCAAAGACCACCACCAACCGUCUGUGUGCCAUUGGGUUUGUCCUUUCUAGCUCUGAUCCUAUUGUCGGGUCGCCUGUAUGAAGCCAGCAAAGAGAUCGUAUUCCUUCGGGUGGUCCUCGCAGCAUGGAUGCCGUCGGAUGCCGAACUGGCCGGAGAAAAAGCGGGACUGCUGGCAGACAGAAGUCGACAAACGCUCGCCAACCUCAAAGGAGACAUUGAAACUUUCCUCUUGGAGCUGACAUCAGCGCGAACAACGCUGGCGUUAAGCGUUGUCUUCGUGCUUAUCUACAUCCUGAGCUGGUGGUGGAUGGCUUUCGCCCUCAAGCAAGCAAAGGACGAUGGUAGCGUGUCGCUGCGUACCGUGCUUCUGCUCUCAGUAUUCGCAGCAGUGGACAUCGCAGCGAGUACUGGGUUCGUCCUGCUUAGGAUAAUUAUGUACGUGAUGCGAGACAGACUGUACCCACAGACGAUGAGGGUUCCAUAUAUCACGGAGGCCGAUCAGUUUGCUGCUUUUACUGCACUCAGGCUCACGACGCUCAAGUCCAGCUGCGGUACAACUGAUAUUCUUGUGUCCGUCGUCGUGGGAUUUUUAACGGGACUUAGGGUGUAUAGUGUGGCUUGCGUGAUUUCCUUCUACAAGAAAGCCAAGAACGGCGACGUUCCUAACUCUUUUCCGAAAGAGCUUUCCACGAGCGGCGACUACUUCACAGAGCGAUUAGAACGUUUAAAAGAUGUCGAAGAAUAUGUUCCCAAACCAUCUGUACCUCCGAUGCAAGUGCUGCGAAGAUCCUCCUUCCAAGGUGGCAGUCGGCAAACGGGUCUGGACCGCCUGGGCAGGGCCAGCUGCAUGAGUCCCACCGCGUCCACAAUCGGCGGCGACGAGUCGGGGAACCCCGAAGUAAAGAUUCAGGCGGCGGACAUGCCGCAGGAGAUGCAGCGUGCCGCCGUCGAAUCGGCCACGCAAGCCGUCAAGCUGUAUUCCACCGAGAAGCAUAUCGCGGAGAGCAUCAAGCAGGACUUCGACACCACCUUCAGUCCUACGUGGCACUGCGUCGUGGGUAGAAACUGGGGAAGUUGCGUUACUCACUCCAAGCAAUGUUACGUCCGCAUGGCGUACAAGGACAUUACUAUUCUUCUGUAUAGGUCCAUAUGAGAGUAUGUGGAUGUGUUAGUUCUCUGUGCUG